AUGAAUUCCGACAAUCCACCUCCGCCCAAGCGGUACGUCCUGGGCCUGGAAGAUUACUGGCGAAAGGUUAUGGCAGCACGUGCCACUCGCGCCAGUGCGGGGCACGACAUGGGCGGUAUCCCCCUGACGGACGAGGACCGCCUGAGGCACGUCGAGGAAAUGGUCGCGGCCUUCCGUAACAUGGACGGCAUUGUCGAUUGCCAGGUCAACAAUCCCCACAUCCGGUUUGUCAAGGAUGAACUUGACGAUGAAAAGGCCCAAAUGAAGGCGUGGGAGUUGUUGGUAAGGAGACCUCUCCGCAUAUUCCGCAUUACCCACCCUUCAUUGUCUUCCUGCACUCUUCACACAACUGGAUUGGCCCAAGGUGAUCACCGCGAUACUCCCUCUGGAGUCGUGAGGGCGGAAUUCAAAGACUUCAGGACCAGAUGGAAGACGGUAGUUGCCCUCAUGAGGGAGUGCAAGGCCGCCGUGUGCAACGCCUUCCAAGCUUCUAUCGUCGAACGGUUUGUAAACAACCCAGUCACGGAAUUGGACACGAAGCUGUCAAACUUGCACACGAACGCCCUUAAGACCACCAGGCAAAAGAUUGCGACGGCCGUCGAGAAACAUGGCUCCGCCUCUUUCGACAAAAAUACUCGUGAACUCAAAGACAGCCAAGGCCAACUUAUUGCAGUGUUCCCCAAGCCAGUCAAGCGCAAGGUGGCCGAAGUCUUGGGCCCCGAGCUUGCCAGACACGCCAAGGUGAAACGUGUAAGGCGCCCGAGACGGGCGCGGACGCAGGCCAGCAACGCGAACAACGCCAGCAACGCGAACAACUCCAGCAACGCGAACAACGCCAGCAACGCGAACAACGCCAGCAACGCGAACAACGCCAACAACGCGAACAACGCCAACAACUUUGUACACGACGACAACGGCGAGGACGUUGACAACGGCGAGGAGUCUGACAAUAGCGAUUACGGCGACCAUAGCGAUGAUGACGAAGACAACAGCGACGAAGACGACAACAACAGCGAUGAUGACGAUAACAACAGCGACGAUGACGACAACAAAAAUCACGGCGAUAACUACUAUGGUACCUCUAGUGAACACUUCAUUUCUCGUCACCAUGCCAACCAAGUCGGUGGACCUGCCGGCGUGGGCUCAUCGAAUCAGUCGCAACACCACGACCAUGGAGUCCAUGACGGCCAGUUCCCUGCCUCGGGUCAAGCUUGGGACCAGGAGUUUGGUCCUCAGCAGACCAACAACGCCCUAGGUGCCGGUCUUCAGGGGCCCCUUCCUGACGCCCCCCUUCCCAGUACCACCCUUCCUAACGACCCCCUUUCUAACAGGCCCCAUCCAAAUACCCCCCAUCCCAUUGCCCCCCCAUCCCAUUGCCCCCCAUCUCAGUUCCACCCAUCUCAAUUCCCCCAUCCCAAUUCCCCCCAUUCCAACAACCAGGAUGACGGCCAACAGGCUGUCCCAGCUCCCGGCUUUCAGAACGAGGCAUAUCUUGACUACUUUGAGGUGGACGAGGAUAUUUACGAGAUCUAA